AUGUGGUUCUGGCUGUAUGAGAUCUUCUGGUGUCUCGCCGUUGUACCUGUCAAGAUCAGUAUUGCCCUUACUGUAGGAAGACUCGGCCGAGUAGCUUCUGGCAAGCGACCUUACAUCAUUACUCUAUAUGGCCUUGUCACCAUACUUGCAUUGAUCACGAUUGGCGGAAUGUUCUACAUCAUAUUCCGCUGCACGCCAGUCUCCUAUGCUUGGAACGUGGAUAUUCGUGGCGGCGAGUGCCAAGCCCCGGCAAUUCUUGCUGGUAUCUACUAUGCCACCACUGCGAUCAACAUCCUGGCCGAUUGGGUCUGCGCACUACUGCCAAUACCACUGCUAUGGAAUGCUCCUUUGACAAGGAAAGCGAAGCUGUCUAUCGGGUUCCUGCUCAGUCUUGGCGUUCUCGCCAGUAUCUCGGCUUGUAUAAGACAGACGUACACCAAUGCCUUGAUACAUUCUCAUGAUCGGACCAGCGGUCUUGGCGACCUUCUUAUCUGGGGCUAUGCCGAGAUUGGCAUAGGCUUCUUUGCGGGCUCCCUGAGCUCGCUGCGCCCACUGCUCAUGCGUCGAACAAUCACCGAGCCUAUCAGUGAGAAGGACGAGGGAGAGCAAGAGCUCUACGAGCUGCCUGGCGACAACCCUCUUCCAAUCCGACAAGAUCACCUCACCCCCGAGCGGCCUGGUAAUAUGAGCCCGGUAUCUCGCGAAAUCGAAAGUCACCUUCACCGAUAUAUCUUCGAGAAACCCGGAUGA